AUGAUCGAAUUUAAAAUCGAACAUGAUAUUGUAACUAAGAAUGAUUUAGGAGAAGUUAAUAUAAAACGUGUACUUAAAGGUUCUGGAACUGGCAAGAUUACUAAAAUACUCAAUAAUGAUAACCUUUUGAUAUGUAAAUCUGAUGGAAUUGAGGAACGUGAUAUCGUUCAAGUUCUUAGUUCUUAA